UCUGGCGGUGUCGCUUCGCCAUGCGCCACAUCACCCUGUGCCCAAGAUGCACCGCGGCGUCAUACGAGCGAGGGCUUCGUAUACCUUACGCGCCGAGAGGCAUCUAGCCGCCCAAUCGAGCGCCGUCUUCCAUCUCUAAUAAGACGCAACCAUCCCGAACCAACAGCGCUGGCAACUCUCGCUCUUUGCCUUUGCUUCUCUCUUAUUCUCUUCUUUGCGGCGUUGUCUGUAUAUGCACUAAUAGACGCUUUGUUGAUCGAAGCAGCCCAUCGUUGAGCCUUUUCGCAUAUCGUCGCCGGCCGUCGACUGUCUUUGAGUCUAUCAUAUUAUUAAUUUUUUUUCUUUUUCCUUUUCACAAUGGCCGAGCCAACCUCAUAUACCCCCAACAACCGUCAACCCCAAGAGUCUUCGCUGGAUCGAAGCUCAAGGCGGGGUCUUAAUCCCAUAAUAGAGGAGGACAUCGAGGAUGGUUAUGGUCAAGCUGGUGCAAAGGGAAAGCGGGUUGAUACGUCUCAUCUCAACAUCACGGCAUGGCUGUCACCGAUGAGCGACCACUUUCCCACGCCGAGGGGAGUGCAUUAUCUGGCUGCACCGAUCCUUCCGUCCUCGCCGUCGUCGGUAUCUGGCGAUGAGAGCUCCAUGGCGUCGUUCUCCAACACCAACUCAUGGAACCGAACCAGCUCGAUCACGGAUGGUACCGAAUUCGAUGAGCUGUACGAUCUUUAUGAUGUAUCCGACGACGAAGCCCAGCGUGGACUGCGCCGUUCGUCGUCCGUUCGAAGAUCUCGAGCGACGUCCAUGGUCUUCGAACCGGUCAUCCGAGGGCCCACGCCUAUCGCCAUUCCUACACGAGAUGAGGGCGACGAAACUUGGACUGCCGUCGAUGAGCUCAAGAAGAUCACCUCGCCGCUUCCGCUGACCCCAUCUGCCAACCUUCCCAUGUCGCCGGCGCAGAUGGACUUCUUCGGCAAGCAGCAAGCUUUGGUUCUCCCCACUAUCUCUGCUCCGCCGUCUCUCGACGGGAGCCUCUCAUCGGAGCAACUCGCGACGAUGAGUUCUCCUCCGACUCCAGUGAUUGGCAACGAUGAGUCCUCCGCGGAGGCCCCCUGGACAGGUGUACAUUUGCAGCCCGGAGCUUUAGCAACUUUACACGCCUUGUCCGGGGGGAGUGAAGAGGAGGACUCUCAGGAGGAGGAUGAUCAGGCUGCUGAGCUCACUCAAGCGGCACCCCCUCAGCAAAUGGAAAUGCAACAGAGCUCUCUCCGACUUGUUACCAACUUUUUUCCGCAGACAAGUCGGGGGACCAGUCUUCCAUCGAGCCUUGCCCGCCAGUCUUUGGCAGGCCUUACCAGGCUCAGCAUUCCGUCCCCAGGCGGCUUCUUCUCUGGGCUGUCGCCCCGAAGCAGGAACACAUGGCAUCCUCGAACCCUUUCGCCAAUCGAUGUUGUUCCACCGACAUCAACGACAGCAGAGCAAUUCUAUCGCUGCCCCUGGAAUGCCAACGCCGGCGCCAAUGCCUCCAUUCCUCCUGUGCCCCAGCGGGAUGAAGCAGAGGACUUUUACCGAAGCGUGGGAUUGACGUCGUCCGCUCCUGUUGAGCACAUCGUAGAGGCUCCAGUUGAUGCGGUCGACGAAGAUGAUUUACCCACUGCUAGGCCAAUUGUCCAUGCUGAGACCAGUGGUCAAGGAAGCGAAGCUGUCAAGUCUCCUUCUUCCCCCGAGGCCGAGGUCGUUGCAACCGAGAUCGUCGAGGACUACGACCCCAGCUAUGCUCGGAAGCAACAGCUGGAGGCGCUGUCCAACCUUGACCGCACUGAGUUGUGGCUUGUCGCACAGCGAGCAUACCUCAAGGGCGUAGACGAUGUUGAGUCUACUGGCGCUUUGUCAACGAUUGAGGAGGAUCUGGAUGAAGAAGAAGAGGAGGACCAGGCUAAAUCGGUAGCUCAUGUCCAGUCCGAGUCAGGGCAGAAGAAGGAUGUUACGACAAAGAAAACCGUCCGAUUUUCCAACAUCAUCACGACAACUGUGGUGGCAAAGAGCCUCCCAUCAAAGCUCCUCCGCAAAGAGUCCGCGUACUACAGGGCCUUCCAGGAUUACGUUGUCCGAGCUCAGCUCAGCGACGUGUUCGUUUUCCAACUCGCUCGCUUCGAGGCCCUUCAGGCGCAGAGGGUCGCGCUUCGCGCGGCUCAUCACAGCCAGUUGCUGGGAAAGUAUCAGCUCAGCGUUGUUCCUCAGUCUGCCAAGAAGCGCCUCAGUGCCAAUGUCGUUCGCGGCGACGACAUCCUGACUGAUGAUCCUGAAACUCUACGAAAGGAGAAGGAGGCCGAGGCGACGAAGCAAAUGACCAUGGCUGCCUGGCAUGUGGCCGCGGUCAAGUUUCUCAACGGUGGAAAGCUCAUUUCUGCACCCGUCACCAAGCGCCUGGCCCGGCUCUCCCGAAUGGGGUCCGGAAAAGAUGGUGUUGGCCGUGACAGAGCCCGGAUUCUGGAUCUUGGUGGCCAGUCGAGCUGCGACUGGGCGUGGCAUUGUGCCCUCCUUUAUCCCAACACCAAGAUUUACACAGUCACCACCAAGGCAGUCCGCCAGCUCUCCAACUCCAAUAUCCGAGGCCCACCCAACCACCGUCAAGUUGCCGUUGAUCGGCUGACGAAGCUUCCCUUUGCAGACAACCAGUUCGAUCUGAUUUCCGCCCGCGAGCUCCACGGUCUGCUCAAGUUUAUUGGAGAGAACGGCGAGGACGAGUGGGAGAGUUGCCUCAAGGAAUGCAUGCGAGUCUUGAAGCCUGGCGGAUAUCUCGAGUUUUCCCUGCUCGACUCGGACAUCAUGAACGCAGGACCAUUGGGCCUCGCUAAGAGCGUGGAGUUUGGUUUCACCCUCAAGACUCUCGGCUACGACCCCAGCCCUACCAAGCUGUGGCUGGGCCGGCUUGCUCGUGCUGGUUUCUGCAAUGUUCGCCGCGGCUGGGUAUGCCUCCCCGUUGGCGCUAAGCCAGCAGUCAAGCCUCCGACUCCUCCCAAGGACAGCCCGGCCGGAGCAGACGUCAAGGUCUGCCAGAUGGACGCCAUGGUUAUGGGGAGCACCGACGAUAUCGCCAACGUCUGCAGCAUCGCCGGCGGCUGGAGCUGGGAGAGGUGGCUUCUCCGAUGCGAGAUGGAGAAGGUUUCAGGUGAGCUGAGGCUCGCAGACACCGUGACUGCUAGCCCGGCCAUUAAGGAGGCGGGCAAGUGUCUGGAGGGUGUCCAUGCUGUGAUGGAGGAGGGGCGCAACUGCAGAGCGGGCUUCCGGAUGCUCAACGGGUAUGCCAGGAAGCCGCUGGUGACUACGGCAUAAUAGUCCCUGGAUGGACAUUGUGGCU